UGGAACGGCGUCAUAAAUAGUUUCUGACGUUGUUUAUAUUUUUGCACAAUUACCAAGUGUGUAUUUAUCAAAUUGCAGUAUUGCGUCUGUUGAGAUUAUCAUGUAAAUGGAGUAAUCAUUGUGUAAAUGGUCUAGUGGAGUAAUGUAUUAGAAAUUAUUACCAAAAAGGAUGUCAAACACAGUCGGCUCAUCGGGCCCUGCUCCCGGCAAAAUACGUGGACCUGGCAGACCACCGAAACGUACGUGUACCUGGUGUGCUGAGAGUAAAACUCCGCUAAAAUAUGUUUUGCCUACAGAAAACGGUAAAAAAGAGUUCUGUUCAGAAACAUGUCUAUCUGAGUUUAGACAGGCGUACAGUAAAGGCGCCUGCUUGCAUUGUGACAAUGUUAUAAGAGGCAAUGCUCCGUCAAGUAGUAAGAAUUUUUGUUCAACUUAUUGUUUGAAUAAAUAUCAAAAGAAGAACGAGAAACGGACUACUUCGCCGCAAUCUGGAAAUGGAGCAAAUGGUUCAGAAAAUCAUUCCAAUAAUAAUUCCGCUGGAUCAUAUUAUGAUAUUUAUCAAGCUUUCGAUUGGAAUGAGUAUAUGAAGGAAACAAAUAGUGUGCCGGCUCCACAAGAUUGUUUCAAACAGGCACUGUUACCUCCAGUGAAUGAUUUCAAAGUGAAUAUGAAAUUGGAGGCACUUGAUCCGCGAAACUUGACCUCAACUUGCAUAGCUACAGUAGUUGGUGUUUUAGGCCCUCGUCUCAGGUUGAGACUUGACGGUAGUGAUAAUAAAAAUGACUUUUGGCGGCUUGUUGAUGCUGGUGACAUUCAUCCUAUUGGUCACUGUGAAAAGAAUGAUGGCAUGUUACAACCACCACUAGGAUUUCGUAUGAAUGCUAGUAGUUGGCCUAUGUUUUUGCUCAAAACACUGAAUGGUGCUGAAAUGGCGCCUGCACAAGUAUUCCAGGAGGAACCACUAACUCCAAAAGCAAAUUGCUUUAUGGUUGGUCAGAAGUUAGAGGCUGUUGACAAGAAAAACCCACAGUUAAUUUGUUGUGCUACAGUCGGAGCAGUGAAAAAUGACCAGAUUCAUGUGACUUUUGAUGGUUGGCGUGGUGCUUUUGACUACUGGUGCAAGUAUGAUUCAAGAGAUAUAUUUCCUGUGGGAUGGUGUGCUAGGGCAGGCCAUCCUUUACAACCCCCAGGCCAAAAAAGUGCUACAGCACCUUCUAGAUUUAAGUUACGGCCUAGUGGGAUUCCUAAUCCAGCAUUACCUGAAGGUGGAUCAACUGGCAAUAGCAAUUCUACUUCACCAACAUCAACACCACUGACAGUUGUCCGUUUACGAAUACGCAGUAAUUGUUCUGGAGGUAGCAGUUCAUUGCCCAGUACAAUUACUGGUAUAGGUCCUUCUGGAGCUGCUGAAUCCCUUGCAAAAGAGUUGAUCAGUGUACAUCCUGAUCCACAGAGGUUAACAAGGGCAAUACUUACAGCAUCUAGUAGUUAUUCCAAUAUAACUAAUGUACAGGUUUCAUCAGAUUCUAAAAAUUAUUCUGUAAAGGUACCAAAUGAACUAACUAAUGAUGAACUAAAGAGUUGGCUUAAAGCCAUAUGUAGUAGUGUUGGAUGCUGUACAGGAAUGAUAGAGAUAGACACAGGAGAGGUUGCAGGUCGACCUUGUACUUUAUGUGGUGAAUCCACUUCAAAUAUUGUGUCAUCUGGUGUUAAGAGGCCUAAAAUUAUCCAAAAAAUAUAUGGAUUUCAGGAAGAUACAAACAGCAGUAAUCUCAAUGGUACAGGCGAGUCAUCAGCCGGCGAUGGGCCUGGGGGCGGAGGUGGGGGUAGCAAAAUGGCAAGAGUGUCGCCCGAGCGACCCGAGCCGGCUUCCUCCACUACGGGCGCUCCGCCGCCGCCGUCUCCAGCGUCACCGCCCGCCGAAUGGUCCGUUGAGGACGUCAUAGGAUUCAUAGCCGCCGCAGACCAGGCACUAGCAGCCCAUGCGGACUUGUUUAGGAAACAUGAAAUAGAUGGCAAGGCACUUCUACUUCUGAACUCUGAUAUGAUGAUGAAGUAUAUGGGUUUAAAAUUAGGACCUGCAUUAAAAAUUUGUAAUUUAGUUUCGAAAAUAAAAAAUCGACGACAUUAUAGUACCUAGGUACGCGUUUAUAGAUUUAAAGUUAAUUUGCUCUUAGAGUCUGAAACUAUAAGUUUCUUUUUUUUCAUAGUAUGUAUUAAGUAUUUUAUUGCAUUUGAAUUUAUAAAGCUACAUUUCUGUAUCACGGAUUGUAAAGGUUUCUUUACUAGAAUCUCAAAGAAAUUUAAGUUUAUUGCAUAAUAACUCAAACAAUAUCCUCUAUAUAUAUCUUUAAUUUAUUAUUACUGUAUUUUCUUAUUGAAUAUCAUACAGUAACUAGUUUGUUUCAUUUAUAAAAUAUUUUGCUUUAUCAGUAUUUCUUAUUCAAAAGUUAUAGCUGAUUAAAAAAAACUUAUUAUUCAGGGGUGGAAAUAUAUCAGUAAAUUUAAGGUUUUAUCAAUGAUUGAUGCUUCUUGGCGUUUCUGGUGGCCCUUGGCUAAGCCUACUUGAGUCUGUAAUAAAAUUGAUUAGAAGUUCCUCAACUUACGAACGACGGUAGUAACAAACACUGGGGUUGAUUUUUUAAUGAAUUUGGUAACAAUUUUUGUCGGAAAGAGAUUGAAGUUGUUAAUAGUUUUUUGAACUCUGCAUUUUCCUGUAGGUAAAAUAGGUCUAACUGUAAAAUAAGUCGUCAUCCCAAAACUAUUAAUUUAAAUGUGGUUCACUUUAGAAUUAUUAAUUGUUACACAAUCACGUCCUUGACAUAAUUUUUAUAGUUAAAUUUAAUAUUAGGCAAUGAAACAAAAUUAAGCACACUAAUAGAUAUAUACUUGAGAAUCUCUUUCUUACGAUUUCCCCGUAUUAUAAACUAAAGUUGAACUUUUUCUAAACAUUUUUAUGCGUCUACGGAACGAUAUUACGAGUGUCAUUAAGAUAUUCGACUAAAACGAAUUCUUUCAUUCCGUGAACAUAGAUAUUUUAUAUAAUAUAAUAAUAACGUUACCUGUUCUGGGUACUGCCGUCUUUCAGUUAACGUUCCUAUAUUAUUUUUUUUAUCUACAAUAUAAAAGUAUGAAACGUUCGAUUUUCCAUAACAAACAGAGGCUUAACUGAAAACUCAGUGAAUGUCACAAAAUUAGCCGUACAGUUCUACACUUUUACUUGCAAUUCAAUUCCUUUGUGUUAAUGAAUAACAUAGUCAUAUUAAAUGAGUUAUAAUGCAUUUAAUGUAGAAAGUGCUCAUUUUGUUGUCAUUAAAUUUAGUUGAUCUUACGGGCUGUAUUAGAUUUGUCAUUAAGUAAUUGUAUAUAUAUUUAACAUUUAAUAUUAUUAUUGGCUAGUCGUACGCGAAGUUAUGCCUGAACGAUAAGUACAUAAUACAAACUUCCAAAAUCAAUAGAGUGUACAGAUAUUCUAUAGUAGAUUAGGUCUAGUGCCUUUCAAUAAUUAGGUGUACUUAAAAUGUCCCAAAUAUAUCGAAAAGAAUCCCUCGAGGACACCAAUAAAGGUAGCUGUGAUUUUAUGUGUAUGCUGAGAAUAAUAAUCUCUAUUGUUAAUGAGACUACAUAUAUAGCAGAUGAUUAUGUAAUUUUUAUACUGACCCAAUAUUCCAAAUGUAUUGUUUUAAAUUCAAAUAUCUUUAAUCCUCUAAGUUCCUUUUGAUGUCUGUAUGAAAGGUGAGCUACAAAAGUAUUUUAUUUGUAAUUCUGUCUAAUGUUAUAAAUAUUUAAUUUUAAUUUGCCAUUGUCAAAUUUUAUAAUGUUAACAUUUCAUCAUGUGAUAUUGUCGAUGUUAUUUGUUAUCGUGAUAAAUAAUAUUAAUAGUAAUAAUAUUAAAAUGUGUUGAUUAAUUAAAGUGAUUUAUAUCUUAAGUUUUUCAUGACAUGAGUAGUUAUUAAGUACGGAUGUUAAGAAUUGCUUAUUUUGUUUAUGUAAAUAAAUAAAUGACAGUAUGGGUUUGGAUUGUGAAAUGGAA